CCUGUGUAAAACACUAAAUGUAAAGUUGCUAUGAGUUCUUUAAAUGCAAGCUUCUCCCAGAAUAUUUCUGUUGUUCGUCCUGAAUACUUUUUUAUCCUUGGACUUUCUGGUAUACCUUACAGCAAUUUCUACUAUAUUUUCAUAUUUGUUAUUUACUUUAUUACCGUCAUUGGCAACUUUCUAGUCAUUCUUCUUAUAGUUCUUGACCGGAGUCUGCACAGUCCAAAGUACAUUGGUGUGUUUAACUUGGCCUUGGCUGAUAUUGGUGAAACUAAUGCACUGAUUCCUAACAUGAUGAAGACUUUCCUGUUUGACUCUCAGUACAUCACCUAUAAUGCUUGUUUGGUGAACAUGUUUUUUGUAUUCCUUUUUAGCUCUAUGCAGAGCCUCACCCUUGUUGUUAUGGCAUAUGAUCGUUUAAUUGCAAUUUGCUUGCCAUUAAGAUAUCAUGUCAUUGUGAACAAUACCAGUAUGAUUUCAAUUUUCUCAGUUGUUUUCUUGUUCAAUUCUGUUAUUGUUGCCUCUAUGGUGUCUUUGGUGACCAACAUUUCAUUCUGUAAAUCCAAUGUGAUACAAAGUUAUUUUUGUGAUCAUGGUCCAAUGUUUAGGAUGGCAUGCAAUGACAAUAACAUAAAUAAGAUUAUGGGAUUUCUCUACACAACUUUAUACCUUAUAGCACCAAUGCUCGUCAUUUUCCUGUCAUAUCUGGGCAUUUUCUUGGUUGUAAGCAAGAUUGCAACUUGGGAAAGACGUUUAAAAGCACUGAAGACCUGUGUUUCACAUCUGUUAUUAGUGGGGAUUUAUUUCCUCCCCAUAUUCUUCACAUACCUUACUUCAUUAUUGCUUUUUAGCACUUCCAAUUCUAGAGUCAUCAGCACGUCUUUGGCAUAUGCUAUUCCACCAAUGCUAAAUCCCAUCAUUUAUGUUUUAAACACGGCUGAAAUCAAAAACACAAUUCGAAAAGGUUUUAAAAACAGAUCUCUGCCGAUUGAGACUGUUUCAAAGUAA